GCUCGUUUUUGUUUAGCCUGUCACAAAAUCAAGAAGCAAUUUGUGCUAUAAUUGUGUGAUGUUUUCUGAUCAACAGUAUUUACUUCGAGUGUUUUUUGCGGUUAACUAACUUUAAACAAGGCGGAACGUCCGUAGAUUGCGUUACUAUGGGGCUUAUGCGUUUAUUGCCAAUCUUCGUGGUCCUGCUUCUUUUGUAUGAUGAAAUACUUGCUAAACCAAAAUCAAAGGGAUUUGGACUCUCGAGAAAACCUUCAAUUUCAAAGCCAAAAUAUCGUUAUUCAGGAAGAUCAAGCGUUUUUUCACGUCGAAGCGGGCUAUCAAAUUCUCGUAAAAAAGCAUUAUUCUUUGCAGCUGGUGCUCUGGCUGGUGUUUAUAUUGGCUCACGAAUGAGAUCACAUGUGCAUCUAAGAUCUUAUCGUGAUUUGUAUAAUUAUGAGGUUUGUGAAGGCCAACGCUCUGAGUUCAUCAAUAGUACAGGGAUGACACGUACUUAUUCAUAUUUCCUAUGUCCUGAUAAUCCAAAUCAACCAUUCGAAAAAUAUUGUUGCUGGGAUUCAGCAACUGGUAUGGGAGCAUGCUGUUCUUAUGAUGUAAAAAUGUAUUCACAUUCUGGCAGGACUUUAUCAAAGUUAUGGUUGAUUCACUCCAUUGUUAUUCUUGUAAAGUCUAUUAAACAAAUUAUACGUUGACAAUACGAUUAUUCUUAACUUAUCAGCAUAUCUACUAUAUUCUGAUCUUAUUAGCGAUGUAAAUCAACUAUUGCUAAUGAUCCAGUUUAACUAUUAUUUUGAGUUACUUUUAAAAGAAACAUACUAGUUUUAUUUAAUCAUUAUGUUUGGUUGUUUUUAGACUUAAUUCUUUUCUCUCCUAAAUGUUUAGUUUUUAAACGUCUUCCCCCAAAAAAAGUGGUGAUAUAUAAACUAGGGUUUGUAACAAAAUACAUUGUAUAUAAUGUAUUUGUAUUCAUGAACUCAAUGGAUAAAUAGAAAUUCGAAUAGGGUGUUUAAAUUAAUUCUUAAUUGUUUCCUUUAAUUUCUUCAUAAUAAAUCAUUUCCGGGCAUUUGUUGUUUAUUUAGUUGUGUUGUUUUCUCUUCUAUAAUUUGAUGUCUUUCUUUCGACAAAAAAGAGUUGUUGAUGUGUUUCACAUUAACUAAUUAAUUAACCUUUAAACUGCAUCGUCAUUUUAGUUUUAUUCAUUGUUGUAAUUCAACGUCAUGAAUGCUUUCUUAUUGAUCGAGUUUAUAAACAAAUAUUUAUCAUACCAUCUCUCAAUUUAUACUACAUCUGUAUGCUGUGAUUUAAUUUUUUACAUUUCAGGGGAGUUGUCGUUGGUACACUACUUGGAACUAUGUUAUUGAUUAUAACAUUCGGCUCGAUUAUCUAUUGCUGUUUUCGUUGUAAACGUCGGAAAGAGAGAGAAUCAUUGAAUGUUCCAAGUGCACAAUUUACAUCACCUCUAGAUCCAGUGUACAAACCGGUAAGCAAAUCCAGAAGUUUGUCCGAGUCUAGUGACACUUCGACUGUAGAGAACCAGCCAUUAAAUUCUGGGGUAAGGUGUUAUUCGUAUUUGUGACGCAAGAGAUUUAAGCAUAUGGUGUGCUGUGUGUGUGUGUGUGUGGUUAUACGUACGAAAUACUCCUUGGCUAACCAAUUGUCCAUUUAAAAAUUUGGGUUUUCUGUUGACACCUUUUCUAUGUGUUUUUUAGUUUACCACUUUAGUCAACUAUAUUUUUUUAUUGUGAUCGAUUUUGAUUUACAUUCAUCGACUUAGGAAGCUUACUAGAAAUAUAACUUAUAACUUCAGAGUAUCUCAUGAAAAUCAUGGUUAAAAUGUUUUUAUCGUGUCAGCUAUUUUUCGUUGUCCAGCACCCCACAACAAUCUAGCUGCGAGAUAUCCGAAUUCGGCUCUUCAUCUUAGACAGUGUUCAACGUAAGGCGAGUAGAAUCUCAUCUUAAUAUUCGAUUCUUCUAUGAGUGAUUUAGUCUUCUCACAUAAACAAGUUACGUUACUUGUUAGAUUUGCUACAAUCUCCUUUUGAUUAAUUCCAAACGAAUUUAUCUUACUAAAUGAGGUUUUCAAACAAACCAAAUGAAAUGUCAAACUAUUCUUCAUCCAAGAACUAAGUACAAUAUAAAUUGAAUGGAGAAAUAAUGGAAAGAUUUUUAAGGUCUACUGGACAGCAGAUUGAAAACACAGUUACAGUUUUUGUUUAUACAGUAAAUUAUUCAUAAAUUUUAAGAACAGCUCGAUGAGUGGAACUGUAGUCUUCAUUUUCCAUAAUAGGUAGGAAUAAAUUUCACUUUGAUGUGUUCUUUGUUGUUGGUAUUUUUAUAUUUCAUUUUCUGUUGUAUCUAUUUACUGUUAGUGCUUCCUUCACACCAGUUAACUAUUACAACGAUCUUUUUUAUGUUAAAUAUGGGUGAUUUAAGCAACUUUACAUUUUAAAUUUUGUAACGCAUCAAACACUUGGCACAAUGACCCAUGUAGAUUCUCUUGUUUUAACCUGGUAUUUUUAGUAAAACAUAGUAGUCGUCCCCUUAUAUAUUUUAUUGAAGAGCUUCUUUGCUUUAAUUUAUUAGAAUCAAUAUCCUGUAGUCAAUCCAACGUCUGUGCCUCCUGGUUAUCCUGUUUAUCCAUAUCCUCCGAACGGACAAUUCGUUGGCUAUCCACAGAAUGUUGAUGUCCCUUUUGCACCUGUACCACCAGCACUUCCAACAAACAUGACCGGAGGAGCUGGAUCUAGUUGGGGAGUAGAGACUAAUCUGCCCUAUUCAACCACUCGACCAGAUUUCCCACCCCCUCCCUAUCCAGGUGCUUCAAUUUCAAAUGCUGAAGUUCAUGCUAGCGCUCCAAGUUCAACAUGGAUGACAAAGAGUUGAAUUAUCUUUCGAAUUCCUAUCAUUCGAAGAUGUUGUUAUCAGUAAAAUAUGAGAGAUGAGAAGAUUCACUCCUAGUAUUAUUAUUCUUAUUACUAUUAUGGAUGGUAGUCAACAAUCUUUGUCUAUCAAUUAUUAUUUGGUAUAUGUAUAUUUCUACCCAUCGAUUAUGUUUAUUUCUCAAGUUUUUCCAUGUUUGAGGUUGUCUUGUUUGACAUUGUUUUGUUUUUGUUUUUUGCUUCCAUUUUCUAGUGAAUUCUUUUUGGUUGUCGUUGCAUUUUAAGCACAUUUGUAUUGUGUAUGGUUUAUUUAUCUCAUUUUCGUUGUGUUUGUUUUAUAUAACAAAUUAUUUCUUUCCUUGUUCCCAUUAUAUUUAUAUCAGUUUAUUUUUCCAAAUGAGUUCUGUUUAUUCAUUCAGCUACUUUUUUCUCUAUUAUAAAAAGGAUUUGAUGAUUAAUUUGUUCAUGAAAUAAUGAAGACAUGAUAACAGCUUCUUCCUUUCAUGUACGGUCUCAUUUUUUUUCGUUACCUUUACAAAUGGUUCAAUAAAUUGGAAAUUAAUUAACACUUAGAUACCUGAAAUGAUGCUGUUGGACAAUCAGAAAUUAUCAUCAUUAAUUCUUUUUUAUUUUACCUUUGUUUUUAUUUAUGCAUAUAAACUUAUGUGUUCGAAUAUUGUUUAUUGUGGUGUUCUUUCCUUUCUUUAUUGCCUUUAUAGUUUCACCAAAUAUUCACUCAUAUUACAUUCAUUAAUAUAAGUUUUUUUUACUGUCACUCUACCAGUUUGACUACUGCUACCCUAUUUAUUACUAAUUAAACUUUAUUGUAUUUUUAUUCGGUUUGUUGUGUUUGGUUGUUCACUUGUUUCUGUUCAGCAAAUAAAGAGAUUUACGUUGAACAACUCAGAAUGAAAAAAAAUCCUUGCACAAUUAUCAAUCAGUUGUUCAUUAUUUUUUUUAAUUUGUAUUUUUGCUUUAUUAAGAUAAGUUUUAUUAAAUAAUAUUUCACCA